GCAGCGUUACCCGUGCAGCUCGGCACGCAGCACGGCCGGGGCGGGCGGAGAGGGGGAGAGCACGGUGUUAUAAAGCCGGCAGCCCCGGCACCGCUCACCAUCCCGUUGGCGAAGCCGGAGGAAGCUGCGGCGAGAUGAGGACCGUGGGGCUGAGCCUGGGGCUGGCCCUGCUCUGCUUGCUGUGCGCGGAGGCUGAGGACCCUGGGGCCGCGGGGCUGGACAAGAGCCAGAUUGAGGGGAAAUGGUACAUCAUCGCUCUGGCCUCUGACUCCGAGAGCUACCUCCGAAAGAAGGACGAGCUGAAGAUGGCGACGGCCACCAUCGCGGUCCUGGGGGAGGGUGACCUGAAGGUCUCCUUUGCAAUUCCCACCCCGCAGGGGUGUAAGAAAUCAGAGGCGAUCUACAAGCAAACAGGCGUCCCGGGUGAAUACCACAGCCCCGAGCGAGGCAACAAAACGGCGCAGGUGGUGGAUACCGACGGCAAGACGUAUGCAGUUAUCUUCGCCUCCAGAGCGAAGGAUGGGAAGACCUUGCACAUGCUGAGGCUCUACAGCAGAACCCAGGAGGCGAGCCCCAAAAUCACAGCGCAGUUUAAGAAGCUUGCGAGGGAGAAGAGCUUUACCGAUGAGAUGAUCAAGAUGCUGCCCAGGCAAGAGGAAUGCAGCCUCGAUGACGUGUAGGAGGUGCAGGCUGGCUGGUGGACGCUCCUGCUGACCAAUGCAAGACCCAUUCUCUGAAGCUUCAGGCUGCUGCUCCGCCAUCCCUCUUCCAAGCUUGGUGGUCAAGGCCCUGACACACCUCCUGCUCCUCCGGCGCACAGUCCCUGUUUUUUGCCAAAUAAACAGAAACUCACCCUGCA